AUGGACCCCGACAGCGCCGGUGUAAAUCUUACAACUACCUCUCCUCCUCUUCUAAUCCUCCAUUUCGAUCCCUUUACGAUCCCAAUCUUCAAUCGGACACCAUCAUUGCCUUUGGUAGAGGCGGGUGCACCGGUAGGCACACGCUCCAUCCUUGUUCCUGUCCUGACGAAGAUUAUCAGCCCAUCGUACCACCGGAAGCAACGGCCCAUCCUCCCGACUCUCGACUCAUCCGUCGUGGUUGAUCCUCUCCCUCCCGCUGCCAUACCCCGUCUUAUCCAUCUCUCGUCCCUGCUCCGGGUUGUGCUUCGUCGUUUCCUAGACCGUACGAGAUUUCGUGUCUACGGACAUCUGUCCUCGAAACCGUCACGCAUCUAUGACGUGAAGAAUGAGCAAGCGGGUGCACCACCGAGACGAGAUAUUCCUCAGCACCAAACCGCCUCCACGCCCUUCCUUUGA